CAGAGGCGUUCGGAGAUGAAAGAGGCGUGGGCUUUAAUGUUUCCUGGAUCUCUCGGCCCCUGUCCGCCUGCCCGCCACUGUUUGGUGAAAGGGAUGCUAAUAUUUUGGGAGCGGCAGGCUGCCAACUGCAACAAGGCCGCAGCUGGCUUGCAGCCCUAUGCCCCAGCGGCCCAGCAGAUGGCUCCACCCAGUCCCAGCACGAACAGCAGCAGCAACAGCAGCAGCAUCGGCGGUGAGCAACUCAGUAAAACCAACCUGUACAUUCGGGGUCUUCACCCCGGCACGACAGACCAGGACCUCGUCAUGCUUUGCCAACCUUACGGCAAAAUCGUUUCCACUAAAGCCAUCCUGGACAAGACCACCAACAAGUGCAAAGGCUAUGGUUUUGUGGAUUUCGACAGUCCCGCUGCUGCACAGAAGGCAGUGUCUGCGCUGAAGUCCAGUGGCGUGCAGGCCCAGAUGGCAAAGCAACAAGAACAAGACCCGACGAACCUGUACAUCUCCAACCUGCCGCCCUCCAUGGACGAGCAAGAGCUACAGAACAUGCUCAAGCCCUUUGGCCAAGUCAUCUCCACCAGGAUAUUGCGCGAUGCCAACGGUACCAGCCGAGGCGUUGGCUUUGCCAGGAUGGAAUCAACGGAGAAAUGCGAAGCAAUCAUCGCUCAUUUCAAUGGGAAAUUCAUUAAGAUGCAGCCAGGAGUUCCAGCACCCUCGGAACCCCUGCUGUGCAAGUUUGCAGACGGUGGACAGAAGAAGCGACAGAAUCAGAACAAGUACCUGCAGAACGGCCGGGCCUGGCCUAGAGACGGGGAGCUGGGUACAAUGACUCUAACUUACGACCCAACGACUGCUUUGCAAAACGAAUUUUAUUCCAGUCCGUACAGUAUCGCUCCCAACAGGAUGAUUGCACAGACAUCCAUCACACCGUACAUCACCUCACCUGUGUCCUCAUUUCAGGUCCAUAACCCCUCGUGGAUGCAUCACCAAUCGUACCUUAUGCAACCGAUGGGAGCAGUGCUCACCCCCACGAUGGAUCACACCAUGUCGAUGCAGCCCACGUCAAUGAUGGGACCAUUAACCCAGCAGCUCAGCCAUCUCUCCCUGGGCAGUGCGGGAGCGUACCUGCCUGCCACCACGGCGAUACAAGGGACGUACAUUCCCCAGUACAACCCCAUGCCUCCGUCCAACGUGUCUGUCGAGGAACCCAACGUCCAGCAGCAGGUUUCUCUGGAAACGACCUCUGACCCCGCAAGCUAUCCUACCAGCAGCACAGCAAGUAAACCUGAGACAUGAGCGUGAGACGGUGGAAGACCAGCUCUCCUGAACCGCAGUGAGACGGAAACACAAAACUGCUCUGGAGAGGGGCAAACAAAAAUCACAGAGAAAUUUUUUUUGCACAAGAUUUGGAAACAAAAAAAAACACACACAGUAAAGCUUUUCCUUUUAUUUGUAAGACAUUCAACAAAGAAAGAAAAAAAAACACAGCUAUUUUGAUAAACUUUCUACUUCAAACUAACCAGACAUACCAAACUGCUGACAGAAUGUGUGAAAAAGAGGUUUAUUUUGUUACAGGAAAGAGAGCAUAUUUUUUUGGAAAAUCUAUCGCAAAUCAUUAUUUAAGCAUUCUGAAUCUGCUCAGAGUGACAGAGGAGAAUAUUACACAUCAGAUGUCUUUUUAGCCUUGAUAAAAACAUUUUUUUUUUUGGUUUUUUUGGUUUUUUUUGUAAAAAAAAAAAAAAUGGCAGGUUCUUGGCCAUCACUUGGGUGAGAGCUACGACCAUGUACAGUCGCGAUCUUA